AUGAAUUUCUUUUUAUCACUAUUCAUGAGUCUUGUCGUAUUUUCCAUUAUUUCUGUUCAUCGAACUUCAUCGGCCAGUUUUCCUAAUCCACCUCAAUUUCCACCACCCAACGCAUCAGCUGACGAGUGGACACUAUUUUGGAAAUUAUUACACAAUUAUUAUGCUAUCAUUGCUCGACCAAGGUUUGGUAAACGAUACGAUUCGAUAUUGUCUCAAUCAAAGCAGCCAUCUCUUCUAACAAUAAUUAAUCCAAAUUUUCCAUCUUCUUCAUCAUCAUAUGAAAAUGAUCUCAAUUAUAUAUUUAGUGAAAAUGAUCAUAAUGUUAAUGAUGAUCAAAAAAUGGGUUUUGAUGAAAUAUAUACCUUCAUGCCUUCAAAUCAAAAACGACGACGAUGA